GUCAUCCAGGUCGCCAUCUUGUACUAAAGGUUGUGCCUGGAGUGCUCGGGUGGCCAGCGAAAUGUUGUUUUUAGAGUGUUUUACCGCGAAUUCUUAACAUAUCUGAAGCGCGUAGGUUUUAAUUUACUCAAAGAAGUGCCGCCGGCAGCGGGUAGCUCCGACGUGGGUUGCCCGUACGCAAUUUAGAUGUAAAGCGUUUGGGGAGUAGUUCGUGGCUGAGCAGCCCGAGGCAGGCGGUUGGCAAUGCCACUGGUGCAGCGGCUCAUCGAACCCGUGCAUGUGUCCAGGGGUACCUUGCCCCUGGAUGCAAGAGGUGCCCCUGCAGUACAGGUUCCCAGUGAGCUUGAAUGCGUGACGAAUGGCUCCUUGGCCAAUGUCGUGCGGCAGCUCUCGUCGCUGUCCAAGCACGCACAUGACCUCUUUGGAGCCUUGUUUCAAGAUGCCACGGCCCUGGUCACUCGAGCGGCCGCCCUCCAGGAGAGGGUCGACCGGCUUGCUCUCAAGGUCACCCAGCUGGACUCGACGGUGGAAGAAGUGUCGCUGCAAGACAUUCACAUGCGCAAGGCAUUCCGCAGCUCCAUAGUGUACGACCAGCAGGUCGUCUGUCGAGGGACCAUGCCUGCAGGCAUGCUCGAGAUGUACCAGGCCUGCGACAAGCCUCCGCCCCUAGACAAGCUGAAUCCUUACAGGGAUGAUGGCAAGGAUGGUCUCAAGUCAUACACAGAUCCUGACUACUUCUUUGAGCUCUGGAGGCGGGAAAUGCUCAAGGACACUGAAAGGAUAAUGCUAGAUAGAGGCAAAAAGCUGGUGCAUUCCAAGGAUGGAGCUGAGCCCAACCGCGUUCGGCCAGAAGGCAAGAAGCACAAGAAGGUGCGGCAACCGCACAACACGAGGGAACGCUACCGUCAGCUGGCCACAACGCAAGAGUUUCUGGACCACACGCCCAUCUACGGUACCACCACUCCAUACAACAACAUCAGGGCACCAGCACCGGGAGCACCUCUGCCUCACGUUCCCCUGGAGCAGCAGCCACAGGCACCGCCUGCCACACUACCUGACGGUCCUGUGCGCCCAAGUAGCCUCGAGCUCACUCCCGGCGCCCACUACCCACCUCCUCCGCCCGCCUACUCAGAGCACGUCCCACCUCAUUCGCCGAACCACUACCCGCCUCCACCUCCUUACGUGGAGCAGCAGCCUCAAGCCUCUCCAGCCAACGGGAACGGAACGCCGUCGCGUAGGCCUCGUCCCAGCCAACCACCUCCGGCCCCACCCACUACGGGUUCAGUUUCCAGCGGGACCUCUUCGCCGAGCAUUACAGGAGGCACUCCGUCGAGCGGUGCCAGUCGUCAUAGAACGGCAAGCCAGAGAGAAACACUUCCACCACCGCCGCCGCCUCCGGAAGCUGGUGGCCCAGUUGUGCCCUGCGUUGUGGACGCACCUCCGCCUCCGGUGCAUCAGACUAGCGUGGACAACGGAGGUGCGGACAGCAUGGAACUGCCCCCGCCGCCGCCGGCACCCGAUGCUGUGAUGGAUUCUGCAGUUGGUGCCAGCAUCGCUGCAGCUCCACCUCCCCCGCCGCCGCCUUUGCCUCCAGCCAAUGGGAUGACUGCGGCUCCGGCGAUGGUCAAUGGCGGCCUGUCCAACGGUAUGUUGGCAGAGUCUGAGAGCUCUGGCUCCAGCAAAGGAGGAGGUGUACAGAAGGAAGAAAGAGCAGCCCCUGCCCCCGUGAAAGGGACAACCCCGGCACCACCAACAGAUGCCCGGAGUGACCUCUUGGCUGCGAUUAGAGAAGGCAUCAAGCUACGGCGAGUAGAAGACUUUAAGCAGAAGCAGGUGGAGAAAGCAGCGCAGCCUCAUGAUGUGGCUUCUAUAUUGGCCAGGAGGGUGGCCAUUGAAGUGUCUGACUCAGAGUCCGGUUCUGACAGCGAAUAUGAUAGUGACUGGGACAAUGAAACAGAAUGCUGAGAGCACAGGGAAGCUCCUACGUCAUCGUGGUAAGCUCUCUCAUCGCAGCCGGCCGUGGACGGUGGGGAGAGGGAGUGCUGCCUGUGCAUUUGCUAGUCUGGUGUGGCCACAAGUCUUUCCUGAGGUGCGCAUGCUGCUUUGAAGGCUGCUCAGGUUGACGAAUGUGGAAGAUAACUCAGUAUUCUUAAUGUCCACUGCCUGGUGUGGGCAGUGGUUCUUGCUUUGCAAAGCCCAGUGCAUUAUUUGGUCAUAAGGGCUUUUUGUUUCUGAAAAAGAGCUGGGUGGCUGGGGUAGCGCAGAGCAAUGAAGGAAACCAAUCCCAUUCCAAAAUAUUUUUAUUCCCAGAUGCAGGAGAUACGGUGGCUCAUUGGCAAGAGCUUCUGUGCAGCUUUUAUUACUACAGUCGACGUCCGAUUUCCGGCACCCUCAAGGGACCGCGAAAAUGUCCAGAAAAACGAAUGCAAGUGACACACUUUUUUAAUAAGUAUUUUUCGCUGACUGAGAGGGUCACGGCAGGGUGCACGGUUCUCAUUGCAAUUCAGCAAACGCAUUGUUUAGGUGGCUCUGAAGAGAGCCGAAAGAAAGAAAGAAAAGGAAAAAAGUUUAUGUGGCCAGCACUACCACAUAUAUAUGUGAACACUUAGGUAAAAAAAAGCUUAUUUUAAUUUGCAAGGCGUUCAACUUGCCCGUGAUGAUCUCUGCCUCAAUUUCAGCCAGCGCCAUGCUGUCGCUGUACAGCAAUGACAGUUUUAGUGCUCGCGUCAACUCCGAGCUCUUUGGCUAGAUAGGCGCUGCCUCUUUGAUCUCGGAGUCGUCGGAAUCCUCCGCAACUUGACGAAUGAUUUCCUCAUCGGUCAAUGCUGUACACAACUCGAGGUCUUUCUCAGCGUCGGCGAAGCCCUCAAGAGUUAUCUUGGUUGAAAUUGAAUGUGGAGAUUGUCAAAGGCAACAUCAGCGGGGGGCAGUUCGUCACACACACUGUCCACUCCAGGCAAGAUGGCCAUCUCAGUGUCCAGUAUCAAAUAGUUUCGGAGGGUCUCUUGCAUAACCGCCUUCAACGAGUCUUCAAGCAUACCAAUGGCAGGCCAUAGGUCGACAGCAUAGCUUUUCCCACUGUAGUAGCACAGGCAGGACUGCACCAUGCGGGCCUAAGCUAGGUUGGCUACGAAUUGGCGUGCGCUGGAUUGAGGCACUUUCGGUUUUGAAGGUACGGCAACUAAAAUGGCGGCGUCAAUAGUGACUUCGAGUCUGUGGUUAGCGCUAUAAAGUCCGGAAAAUCGAUUGGUGAAGGCUAUAAACAUCUGGAAUUUCAGACUUCAUUCAUUGACUUCAUGGGGAACUUGACGAUGCCACUGAUGAGUCCAAGAAAUCGGACAUGUCCGGCAUUUUGGGCGUCGGAGAAAUUGGACACCGACUGUAUGCUCUUCUCAUGGUAACCCUCCCCUCGAAGCGUUGAGGGCAUAUGCACAUGUUUCUAUGGUUUACACUAUUCAGUAGCACUUUUUAGAGGUGUAGUAUGUAAAGUAUGUUGACGAGUAAGUGAAAGUUAUUGUUUGCGCAAUCAAGCAUCUUUUAAAAUGUUAAGUGGUGCGAGGAAUGUCUUUCUUUCUCUCAUGCUAGGAUGUUCAAAAAUUCGCUGUUUCGGUUUUAAGCUGUGACGUCUCUUCUUAAUGCCAAAGAUAGGUCGAUGCUGCCAUCUUUUUAUGCUUGUUAUUUUAGCUUGGGUUACAUUUUUUUUACUGCCACUUAAACCAUCAACCAUAUGCCACAAGUUGCUUUUGUCUUGGCCACAACGGGACCUUGUGUUAAUUACAUGGCACUGCUUUGCUAUGUGCAAUGCUGCAUUGACAUGUCAUUAUUCUGUCUUUAUCAUAUUCCCUUUUUACUAAUUAGAACAUGUUUUUGCGUUUGACUGUCUGGCCUGCUAUCAUAAACAGCAAAUUUUCUGUUCACAGAAAAUAAUGAGACGGCGGCUUUAGUGGCGGCAGGGAUGUAGUGCUGCAUUUUCAAACACUGCGUGUCUUCUCUUGUGUCAUGUGUUUUCAUGUGUGGAAGCAUUAGGAGCUUCAUUUUGUGUCUGGAUUUUGUAGGGCGGUGGCAGGCAGACAGUGUUGUAGCACGGGGUAGUAAAGCUAUGGCGUUAUUUGAAUGCUUGCCCACCAAGUAUUGUUGUGAGGUUGAAAGAUUUCCCUUCAAGCAGAAGCUGCCGUUAAGGCUCAACCUAUCGCUUAGCCGCAGUUGAUCUCUCAAUCGUUUCCGAUUUGUCCUUUUCAUCUUUCUGUUGUGAAUGGUGCAUAAUUUUUGUUGUGUGGUUUUAGUUUAUUGGCAUAUUUUCCACAAGCAGGGGUACUGUGUUUGGCUACGUCUUGGCAUGCACAUGGUAAUACACAGGUCUCCAAAAAAAGUUGGUUCAGAGCUGUAUUUACUUUGUUGCAGAAGGACAAGAGCAGGUAGCAGGGACAAGAUCAUCGAUCGAAUGUGUUCACUUUGAAAUGAGAAUAACUCUUUAAUACACUGUAUUAAAGUAUGCCAAUGACGCACUCUCAUUAUUAUUCAUAGGUGGUGUGCAGAGCCGGACUCUUUUUGUCCUCUCGGGUAAUUUGUUUUUUUCUUUUAGAGCCCAAGAUGUGGGACUUAAAUGUGGCCCUACUCCCUAUGGUCACUUAAUGGGAAAAUUCCGGCCUUGUGGACAUUCAUAACAAAAGGAUAAAUGCAUGUGAUUAGCUUUGUAGUAAAUUAUCUUUGGGUAUGAUAAUGUUAGAAGAAGCGGUGUAAAGUUUGACGAAUGUUUGGAGCAGUAAAUGUUAGUCAACUCAAAGUCUAGGGCUUACAGGAAAUGAGAGCAUUGUCUAGAUUGUAUAUUGAACUGGCUGUCGUGUGAACUUUUGCGAUGCAACAGAGAGGGAAUCGACAAACUUUGCUAGGCCCUCACGGCUGCACUGCGUAGUGGCACACCGUGUUGUAGACAUGUGGAGAAUUCCAUUUUCGGUGUGCAAUACGAGGGCUAAGGUUUAGCUUCUUUUACGGAUAUGCUGGGUGUUCGAGCCUUAGUAGUGCACCGAUUUCAUAGUAGUUUUGAAUAUAGCUUGGGGUGUGCAGAGGCUUCAGGCAUAACUAGGCAUGCUUUUCUUUUAUUCUGCAGGCAACUAUGUUAUAAAUUAGGGCAGUCUCGUUCGAAAAAUUGACUUGUUUGUCGAUUCUGUGCACUCAUUUUUAAAUAUCACCGCAGAGGGCACAGUUUAGUUGAUACUCUGCAUUUAUGAUACCUUUUUCGAUGGAGACGAAAAUGCUGUAGGCCCGUGUGCUCAGGUUUGGGUGCACGUUAAAGAACCCCAGGUGGUCGAAAUUUUCGGAGCACUCCACUACGGCUUCUCUCGUAAUAUUGUGGUUUUGGGAUGUUGAACCCCACAUAUCUAUGUGCAUUUAUGUUCUCUUAUUUUUUCUUGUUUCCUUGCCCUACUUUUUUUUUCUUAAAGCUCCACAAAAGCAGUCUGACCUGUAUGGUAGUAUUCUGCUUGUGCCACGUUGUCCAAUCUUGCCAUUCUCAAUCACUUGCUGUUACGGUGCCGAAUUGCUUGCAUUGUUUCUCAUGUAUUUUGAGGAUUGCACACAUUUGCUCCAUGUGGGGUAUCUUUAGUUCUACUUUAAUUUUUUUUAACGGCAGUUUGCAAUACCCUGUGCCAAACGAAAGCCCCCACUGCAGGGCGUGCAAGUGUUCUUUGUCAAAUCUUUAUUGGUUUUAUCAUAUCAGCAUAUUUGUGCAAAUGCAACUCGUAAUAUUUAAUGUUUUCUCUCAUUCCUUACUUGCUUCACCUGUGGCAUAUUCAACACUGUAGGUUCAAGCUAAAGCUUGUUUCAGGUGGUAUAAAUGGCCUGCAGUAGUUCUGAAAACUUGCUUUCCUCAGCUGCGAUUGUGACGGAUCACAAAUUGUUUCACUUGUUCAAUGGUGUUCGGUUCAGCAGCAGUGCAUACUUGCGAGAAGCUGUCACAGGAAGGAGAAAAAAAGCUCUCUGCCUAUUAGCUUCACUUUUUGUCAGAGCAGUUUGCUUAUUGCAUUGUUUGAAACACGCUUUAGCUAAGUCCUGUAUUGUGGAGUAUCCUAACAAUUUUGAUGCUCGUGAUUGCUGGCAUCUACGUCUGAAGGGGGCAACAAGCGACUCAAGAGAAAGAAACUUUUACGAACUCUUUCUUGACUCUUAGCAAGCUGGCUAUCUUCUUUGAUUCUGGACAGGUUUGAAAGUAAAAUGACUUCCCUCUUUCAUGAGAGUUUCAACCUGAGUGGUCCGUAGGCUGCCACCAAUGUCUUUGUCAGGCCCCAACGCUACUAUUGCUCAAGAGGUGGCCGCAUGGCGGAUGUCGCCAAGGCUGUCUCACAUGUGCCUAUUUGCAAGAGCAGGCUGGUGCGUCGAUUGCGUCUUGAACCUUGCGCUGUACUUUUUUAGUCUCGCUUAAAGAUUGGAAGAGGCUUGUGUGAUCAAGUGUAUCCGGGCAUCCGCUGGCACAUUCUAAGGGCGUUCUAGAAUCGUUUGUAACUAGUUGGGGGUGACUGCUCUCUCACGUAUCAAGCAGGCCCAGAAAUGGUCACGGAAGGGGCCGAAUGCUUGCCGCACUAACCAAGCAAGACUUGGCACCUUUGCUGUUAGUAGUAGCUUUGUGGUGUUCGAUUGGAACUGUCGUCUCGCACGCAUUCCACCGGUCGUGACACUUGCCCCCCCUGGCAACACGCCUGGAGCGGCAGUGUCAAAGCUCGCUGCAGCCUGCAUUUGUCGGCAAGAAAAAGACACGGACGACCCAGCCAGACGACUCUGCACCAACACUCCCAGAACUGCACAAGACGUCUCCUAGCUUGUUGCAGUGGUCACACAUCGUGUUGGUCCUUGCAUACUUAAAAUGUGUCUGUACCCGGGUUUGCGGAUGCAGUAUUCUGCUCGCUGCUUCUGUGAAGCCAACGUUUGAUGCUGACAUGCGGUUGCAUGUGCACAAAGCUGGGGAGAAAAAGGCAUGUGCAAGUUGCUUCCAGCGAUGGUAAAUUGCGUCAGUAUUCACCUGUGACGAGAGACUGUGGCCACGCUUGUCAAGUGCUGCGUUACUCGUGCGUGCGCAAUGCCGUUGCCAUGUGAUAUGUGUGCUGCCGUCGCACCAGGCAAAAAAUGCCGAUGUGGAUUAUAAAAGCAAGGUGUCUCAAGAGCAGGCCUGUGUUACAUGGGGUAAUAAUGGCUAUUGGUGCCCAGCUUGGGCACUGUAUAUAAGAACCUGUAGAUACAAGAGCAGUGAGAGUUUUAUAUUUUUGGAGCAGAAAUAGUGCGUGGCUGUUCUCUUCGUACGUGGAAAAGAAAGAAAAAAAAAAACCUGAGUUUGUAUACCUGAGACUGUGUCAACACUAUCUUGAGUUAUCUGCGUGGGUAAUUAGCGUUGUGUAAACUGAACGGACUGAUCCCGCUUUUCUUUUGUCACUAAUGUUUCCUAGAUCACCUGUACAUGUGCUGCUCCUGAUACUAGAAAAAAAUGCUGUUUUAUUUUAUACAUAUAUAUAUAAAUAUAAUUAUAAAUAUGAAUAUAUGAAAAGAAUUAUAUAUACAUAUAUAUAGCUAUGUGUUUUCUACAGUGCUUUGGUGUUCAAACCCGAGGCAAACUUCACCGCCGUCAGUCUGUCUCUAGUUGGGGGCACUUUUGUAUAGGUAACGAAUAAAGAGAUGACUAAACAAGUA